AUGGCGGCGAAAGAUCCGACGACGAGCGGUGAUGAUGCCAUUAGAGUGAGCGGUAUGGAAUUUGGAUAUGAAGUCGAGGAUCCUAUAUUCUUCGACUUCAACCUCGAUCUUCCAGCUGGAUCUCGCUGCCUUCUGGUUGGCGCCAAUGGAUCUGGCAAGACAACCUUAUUGAAGAUUAUGGCUGGAAAGCACAUGGUGGGAGGAAAGAACGUUGUACAAGUUCUGAGCCGUUCGGCUUUCCAUGAUACUCAGCUUGUUUGCAGUGGUGACUUGUCUUACCUUGGAGGGUCUUGGAGUAAAACCGUUGGUUCUGCUGGUGUGGUUCCUCUCCAGGGAGACUUUUCAGCAGAACACAUGAUAUUUGGAGGUGGCAUUCUCCUCCCUAGAAUGAUAUUUUUAGAAAUUGUUUCUUUUUCCAGGCUUAGACUGAAGGAGCUUCGUUUUGUUGUCCUACUAGUUGAAGGGGUUGAUCCCGUGAGAAGAGAGAAACUGAUUGAUCUUCUUGAUAUUAAUCUUCACUGGCGUAUGCAUAAGGUUUCUGAUGGGCAGAAACGCCGAGUCCAGAUAUGCAUGGGACUCUUGCAUCCAUUCAAGGUGUUAUUACUUGACGAGGUCACUGUUGACUUAGAUGUUGUUGCAAGGAUGGAUUUGCUGGAAUUCUUCAAAGAAGAAUGUGAUCAGAGAGGAGCUACAAUCGUAUACGCAACUCACAUAUUCGACGGGCUAGAAACAUGGGCUACACGUUUGGCCUACAUUCAGGACGGUGAGCUGAAACGUUCAUCGAAAAUGGCAGAUGUCAACGAGAUGACAACUUUUCCAAACCUCCUCUCCGUGGUAGAAUAUUGGCUCCGUGCUGAAACCAAACUUGAGAAGAAGAGGAAGAAGAAGAAGGAGCCUGUGGCAGCAUGGAAACCAUCUCCAUUUGAUAACUCUCCUUUUAGGUCAUCGAAACACAUGGCUUAUUACAAAUGA